UGAGCACAUUAAUCACAGAGGUAACUUAAAUCUUGUCUGGACAUUACAGGGACAGAUGAGCACACAGAGGAGAGUUGCUAAUGGAGCCCUCUUCACCGGAAAAAUAAAUUCAGCUAUCAAAGGAUUUGAAGCUUUUGCGGUGGAAAAGGGCCUGCAAGGCCAAAUUACUGCGGCAUGUCAAAAAAAAAAAAAGAAAAAAAGGCAAAACCUUAAACAAAAAUAUAAAGAUCUGAAAUGUCCGCAGGCUGGCGUGGGCACUGAGGAUGGAGAGAGCGUCCACAGCAGCAUCCUGGAGAUGGUAUGGUGCGCUAUGGAUGAGGCAAAAGGGAGCAGACCAUCCAUCACUCCACCUGUCCUUGUUGCCUCAUCUGGUCAAGAUGUUGCUUUGGCCUCUUCUUCCUCGUUAAGCCCAGCCCCAGCAAGAAAAAUAACAAGAAAAAUUGAGGAUUUGAUGAAAGAGAUUGUGGAGAGGGAAGCAGCUGAGAGGGAGGAAAGAAGAUGGAGAGAAAUGGAGGAGAAAGAAGACCGUCGAGAACGAGAAAGACAGAAAGAGGAGAGACGAGAAAGAGAAUCUAGAGAGAGAGAAGACCGAUGGCGCCAGGAAACGUGCGAGAAAGAGGAAAGGAGAGACAGGGAGGCAAAGGAAAGGGAGGAAAGAUUUCUUCGCCUCCUUGAAAUUCUUUUAAAAAAAAUAAGACCAAUAAAUUAUGUAACAAAUGCAUCUUCUGGUCAUUAAUACAUUUGGUUUGGGUUUGUGUAAAAAACAAAAAAAGCAUAUUUUUAAAUAUUUUAUAGAUAUACAUAGUACUAUGCAAAAAUU